GUCUUCUCAGAUGUGUUCAAGGUCGGACAGGCGGUUGGUAUUUUGAAAUGUCGGUCCGAAGGUGUAGGGCCGUAAAAUCAUCUGGGUACAGCCUGGCACAGCCGAUAGAUCCCGGAACGCUAAUACAGGACUCAUUAAAAAGGAGAUGGGUCACGGGUUCUGCGAUUGGUCAGGGUGGAUUUGGACGUAUAUACUCAGGUAAAUUUGGUUCUUAGCUUCUUAAUAACUGACGCAGCCAAACUUGAAGGCGAAAAAAUUUUUCGCUAUGUCAUUAAAAUAGUAAGGAUUUUGGAAUUUCUAAAGUAAUCUUCAGGAACCGCAAGAAAACGGGCCACUUUUUACGGAAAUGCACUUUUACAUGAGGGCAUGUUCAGAAGACUCAAGUAUGUUUUCCAAGUGUAUUUUAAUCAGGAGUAUAAAAAGUUGUUACUUUACUUCGUACUUGGGUUCAAACUAUUGUUUUAAAAGGUAAUUUUUUACUCUUCAGGCUGUACCUGGAAAAUAAUCCUUUGCCAUUAGAUACACGAUCAACAUAACUAUUGCUUGGCAUACCAUCAUGUAAAAUAACUUGUUAAAUAUGGGGAUGCUCUCCUCGAAAGGUAUCUUCCAAUCAUACAGACAAAUUAGUCGUAAUAGAGAGGUGUUUAGGUACUUUAUCCGAAACUUCAUAGUUGAAAAUUGAAAGUUAUGGGGUGUUCUGUUUCUAAAGUGACGUAUUUGUUGAGAGCCAUUGUACAAAAAUGUCGGUUUGGAGGCAAAGUUUAGCAUAUACAUACAGCUGUGACCAUCACUACACAAUAUCAAUUCAUGGAAAGUAAAACACUCCCUCAAAUACCUUGGUAUUCCGAGGUAUAUAAGCAGUGGAUCAAUCAAUUUAAACAAAGCAGCUCUCCGAUUUCUUGUAAUGGAUCGGUUUUCUGGAGAUUUGGAAACUACACUAAAAAAUAAUGAAAUAUCCACAUCUGGUAUUCUAGAAGCCUGUGCAAAUGUGUUAAAUGCGUUGGAAUAUUUGCAUUCAAGGGACUAUGCACAUGCAGAUAUCAAAGCAUCAAAUCUUCUUCAUAGAACGUCGCAACAGGAGGUUUAUUUAGCUGACUUUGGUCUAGUUCACUUAUUUCGUUCAAAAGGUGUACAUACUGCUGAAAAGGCAGAUCCAAAAUUUCGUCACAAUGGAACAAUAGAAUUUUGUUCAAGAGAUGCACAUAAUGGACUUCCACCAUCUCGUAGAGGAGAUUUGGAAAUUUUGGUUUACAAUCUCAUUCAUUGGUUAGCUAGAUCUCAUCCAAAUGCUCCUCAAUUGCAUUCGACAGGUCUUCCUUGGGGACAUCUCAUAUCAGAUCCAAAACUGCGUGCAAAUGUUCCUGAUCGUGUGAAAGUGGCUGUGGCUACCUUAAAAGAGAAAACAAUGAGAAACCCUGCUGAAUUGGUAUCACAAGCUGGUUACGGACCUAAUCCUGAUAUACUAGCAUUUAUUCAAUCUAUCAUAAAGCUGAAUUAUACAGAUACACCAGAUUAUUCUCGUCUACGUCAAUUAUUGUACAAUGCAAAAUGUUCUUUCAGCAAUAAACAAUCUACCGUCUUGCCAAGCUAUAAAUUAACUAUGGAAUCGGAUGAAACAAGUAUCAAAGCUUCGCCUUCACGGCGUAAAUAUAAUAUAGAUAAUUCUUCAAAGAUCAAUGAUUCACGCGCUUUAAAUUCAGUGGAGAAUUUGGAACUUAUUCAUACAAUUCCAAAAACUCCAGAUAGUUUACCUAGUAAACGACCCCGAGGUCGUCCACCCGGUCGUUCCAAACAGUUAGAGAAUAUAUCACCAGCUGUUACUUCUUCGUCUGAAGUAGUAGACUCUCUAAAACACUCUAAAAUAUCUGAGAUUGAUGCGAAACCAAACUCUAAAAGAACUAAUGUGAAAACGUUGAAUUCUCGAUCGAUAUGUUUAAAUUCACCAACUAAAGCAUCUACUCCUGAUGGUGGUGGACUUAUAUCGACGGUAUCCGGUAAUAGAUUUUUGAGUCCUAGUAGUACUAGUAGUAGUAAACAUGGAAAUUCUGCAGUUCAACAACGUGUCCGAACUCGACUUAUUGAUUUGUUUUCAGACAGUGAUAAUGAUGAGUCAUUUGUUAGUCAACAUAACUUGUCUAAAUCUCGUAAAGAUACAUUGAAAUCAGCGCCUAAACUUCAAUCACCGAAGCAAUCAUCACCGUUUGUCAAACAAUCACAACAACAGAAACGUCAACCACUAACAAGUUCUACUUCAAAGCAAUCCCUGCUUAAAUCCCCAGAGUUUACGUCUUUAACCGCUGAUCGUAGACGUUCCGGUUGGUGUCAAACAUCACCAGAACUGUUAGCUGUCGCCAAAGCUGAAGCAUUAGGUCGUAAGGCUUUGAAACUUGCAGAAAUGAAUUUCAAUUGAACCUGUCUCAUAUACAUAUAUACCUGUUUGUGGAUGUAUAUUUAUGUCUUUGGUGUAUCAAUGCAUUUCCUUUGAUCAAAAUACUGUGGAUAUUUAUGUUUCUUUGUGAAGAUAUUUUUUGUUCGAUGUAUUAUUUUAUUCAUAUCACCAUAUUUUUUCGAUUUGUUGGAAGAGGUUGUGGUAGAUCUUUAUUUUUUUAAAUAUCUGAAAAAGUUAUAUAUAUGAUGCUUCAGUUUUGUCACUUAUUCAUCGAAAAAUACUUUUUCCUCCGUUUCUUUCCACCUUAAUUUGUUUAUUAUAUUAUCGGGAUGUAUGGUUGCCCUAAUAAGGAGACAUUUGAUCAUCAAUAUCUUCGAAGUAUUGAGGUAAAGCUACCGAACGUGUGGUUGUAAGGUACAAAGUUCUUGGCAAGGAAAGCUAUUCAAUCGUUAAUGUCAUGAACCUUCACUACGCUGUUUUAUUUCGUCAAGGGACAAUAGCUAAAUUACUACUAGAAAGUAAUAGCGUCAUGGUUGUGUGGAUCCAAGUGUGACAUCAAUUUACGUUGUCACUGACUAUUGUUUUGAUGCACAUAAGGAAGUGUAAUUUACUUAAGUGGUUGGUUAAAUACCUCCAAGUAACGACUGAUCCGAAACUGGGAUAUCCCUACUAUAUUCUAGAUUUUAUUUUCUUUCUUUAGAUUUGUUUUUACCAUAUGUAUUUUUUCUUUUGUGUUGCAAAUCGUAGCAACUGCCGACGUACUUUGAUAUCAUUAGUUGUUAUAUUCAAUAAAGCGAUAACUAUAUGUUUU